AUGGUGAGUCAGACGGUAGAGAAAAUAGUGAGAGCAAUGACUCACGUCAUCAACCAGGGGAUGGCCAUGUACUGGGGAACAUCUCGUUGGUCCGCCAUGGAGAUCAUGGAAGCGUAUUCUGUGGCCCGGCAGUUUAAUCUGAUUCCUCCGGUGUGCGAGCAGGCCGAGUAUCAUUUCUUCCAGAGGGAGAAAGUGGAAACUCAACUUCCAGAGAUCUACCACAAAAUAGGUGUUGGUGUGGUCUCUUGGUCCCCUCUGGCCUGUGGGAUUAUCACUGGAAAGUAUGAAAAUGGCAUCCCAGAGUCUUCCAGGGCUGCCAUGAAGCCCUACCAGUGGUUGAGGGAGAAGAUAACGAGCGAGGAUGGAAAAAAGCAGCAAGCCAAACUAAAAGAACUGACUCACAUCGCAGAAAAACUCAGCUGUACUCUGCCACAAUUAGCCAUAGCCUGGUGCUUGAGAAACGAGGGAGUGAGCUCCGUGCUUCUCGGAGCCUCGAAUCCAAGUCAACUGACAGAAAACUUGGGAGCCAUUCAGGUGAUUCCAAAAAUCACAGCAGGUAUUGCCUCAGAGCUGGAUCACACACUGGGCAACCGUCCACACAGUAAAAGGGACUACCACCAUUAG